AUGGAGGACCCGUUCGUUUCGAGCCCGGAUGGGCCUGCAGGUACUCGAGAGCCUCACCGGUAUUCAUCGUUCGAUACACAACUCUUCAGUUUAAAUGCUUCGUCUCCUUCACAAGCCAAGCGAGCCCUGGAGGCGCAUUUGGCGGAGACCGAACGGAGACUGCAAGAAGCAUCGAAACUCGGCACAGCACUCGUCAAUCAACAAAAGGAACUUACCGACAAACUCCAGGAACUCGACCAGCAUCGAGAUGAAGGUGAAAUUGGACCAGAACUCCGGCGGAAGCUCAUAGAAUUGGAGAAGGAGUACAAUGAGAUUGGUCACGAAAGCGCGCGUGCCUUUUUGGCUCCGAAGCGAGCAGUCAGCGGCGGAGAGGGCACUCCAGGCAUCGAUCCACGCUCGCCAGCAGCAGCUUCCGUUUUCACAAGUCAAGCAAGUGCAUCACCAUCAAAAGUCAGCGUUCCUUCGCGUAAACAACGCAAUCAGCCCUCAAGCCGCGUCCAUGACAUUGAAUUCGCCACGGAGAUUUCGACUUCGCUCCUCGCACAGGUUCGCCAAUUACAAGCUCUCCUAGCUGAACGAGAAGAAUCUUUGAAAGCUGCGAACUUGGAAAACUCAAGACUGGAACUCGAGGCUGAAGGGUUUACGCAAAGAAUCCGUGCCCUUGAUGAGAGCGAGCAACGCUACAAGGACGAGAACUGGAAUUUGGAAACUCAGAUGCAUGAGUUGACAACAGCGGUGAAAGAUGCCCAAGAGCGCGAAACCAAACUCACCAGCGCCUUGAGCUCCCUUACAGCCGAGAAGACAAGUAUCGAACGUGAAGUGGAGGAAUUGAAGCAGGCUCAUGGGAAAUUGCUAGAGGACCAGGCUCUAACACAGAAAGCACAUGAUUCUGAAGCAAACUUGUUACGAAGGAAUUUAACCAGCGGAGAUGCGGAACGAGUCGUUCUUCAAGCCAAAGUCGAGGAAUUGACAUCUCAGAACCAAGAGCUCGCCAGGGCUGUUGCAUCCAUGCGCGGUAGACGGAUGGAGGCCGAAACACCUCAUCCCCGAUUUUCUGACGCCGAGGAUACAAUGCCAGAUCAAGAUAGUCCCGAGAGUUCCCCUCCUCCAUCGCCCAACAAGCAAACGCCAAGACACGGUCAUCUGGAAACAGAAACGUUACGAAGCUCUCUCGGUCACGCUCAUCGUAUGAUUCAGAACCUAAAAAGCAACAUUCAUCGCGAGAAGACAGAAAAGAUUGAACUUAAGCGAAUGCUACAAGAAGCUAGAGAUGAGCUAGAGACUCGCCGACGUGAGACCAAUCCACCUGGAAGUGGUGCUAAACGUCAAAAGGUCAAGGCCGAUACCUUCAAGAAGCCGCUUCCUCGCUCCGACUUACUUGGACCUAGCAGGAAGGGACGCACUGAAAUCUUGGACGAAUCAGACUGGGAAGAUCAUACGAGCGAAGCAAGCCCGACGCGUACGGUUCGGGGCAGGCGCUCUCCAGCAAACGCAAAUGAUUUUAGUGAUGUUUACCAAACCGCUGCCGAGACUGAUGAUGCUUUUGAGACGGCCAAUGAACGGGAAACCGCUACUGAAAGCGAGGCCUUCCAGACCGGUGCUGAAAGCUUGGCUGAGGAUAGCAAUGAUGACUUGACUGAAACCGAGACAAAGAGAACUCCUCGUCAAGGAAGUGCUCGCCCGAAGAAAGUCCCUUCUCAGCUUUUCACUUCGAGACCUGGCGAUAGGAUCUCUUAUUUGAGCACAGCGUCUACUUCGGAUGAUGAUAGCGAAGGAGUUCACACGCCGAUCCAAUCGCAACGUAACCGUAUCAGAGUAAGUCGCGGUGGAUUCCGACGAAUUCGACCAUCUGGAGAGGCUCCAAUGGCAUCUUCUGUCCAUGAAACAUCCAGCGCUCAAAACUCGCCAGCCAGUUCAUUCCAGCAUGAGAACGCAGCGCCGAUGGGUCAAAGCUUGUUUGCAGAGCUCGAAGAGCUAGGUAGUCCCGGCAGUGACGGUGACUUUGGUACUCCUAUUCGCUCCACACAUAUGCUAUCCCAGCCCUCCACUCCGCUCCAAAACUCAGUCACCCUGGCCCGACAAGCUUCCCAAACAUCGAUUAUUGUCAAGCCUGCGAUGGUUGAUUCUUCUACGAUGACGGACGCUUGGGAGCCCGAAGCUCUUCCUGUUCCAGUUCCCGAGCCUGUUGUUGUCAAUGAGCAGCCGAUUGAGACAUACUCGCCAAGCGUGGUAGAUUCGGCAACCCAGUACACACCCUCGAAGCCGUUUACAGGAUCCAAUGGCGACCACCAAACGGCUUUCCCAACUCCGCCGAAGACGAUCUGGGACGAGUCCGCGACAAAUGAGGAUAGAGAUGCUGUUACUCGCGAGGUUCUAAGUCCUCCGGUCUAUAAUUUGGAGUUCUCAAGCAUCAAUACCAUAGAGACGGCUCCAGUUACACCUCUCACUCCAGAACUGACGUUCUCGGCCAUACUCGAUCAAACCACCCAACCCGUGGCGGCAGAGAUAUUCGAACCUAAAGAAAUCCUCGUCGUUGAGAAUAUCGAACCGAGCGAAUCUAUACAAUUGUCACUAUCGCCAAUAAGUAGUGAGCAUACUCAGCCUAUUGCUUUCACAUUGCCGCCCGUUGAACCAGUCCCUAUCCCUGAACCUGAGCCAGAGAUACCUGUCAUGUCGCUCCCUCAAUUGUCUCUGUCUUCGAUCUACGCCUUGCACACUGAGCCUUUGGCUUUGCCAGAAAAGCCACAACCUACAACCCCAGUGUUGUCACUUGCAUCAAUCCAAUCUCUGGAGACUCUACCGGUUGAACCUGUCAUUCCUCCUGUAAUCGCCCCAGUCCUUCCUACAGAGGACUCAUCGGAACGAUCUAGAUCCGCCAUAACCAUUAAUACUACCGAUACGCAACGCGGCAAUCAACCGUCUGUUAUCUUUGUUUCUGAAGAUGCAACAAGCCAGCCUCAGGAUCAAGUGGAAGUUGAGAACCAGGCGAAGGAGCAGACUUUGCCUUUGAACGAUAUUUCUGGAAAUAGUACUUCCCGGGAGAGGCGUCCAAGCACUGUACAACACACCGACCAAGCCUCUCAGACGACAUUAUCAUCCAAGCAGAUUGAUCAAUUACUUUUGGACCGUAUAGCUUCUCGCCCUUUUACACCAUCUGAGCCAAGAUCUAUCAACGGCAUGGAAUCAACAUUCAAUUCUCCUGGUGCAACGCCGAAGGCCAAGACCCCGAUCAUUGACGCUAGCACGAUACCCUCGAUACCAACGAUUCAAACAACGCCCAAGCGACCUGGAAGCUCAUCAAGCCUAAGAAGAGGCUCCUCUUCCAGUCUCCGCCCUCCUCUACCAGCAGAUCACAAACAAGUUAUUGCUGCAGCACAAAAUGCUCAGACCACAACUGGUACAAUGGGUCCUCCUCUUGCACCAGCAUCCGCGUAUAAAAACAAUAUGCGUCCCAAAACCCCUGGUGAGAGUGUCGCUCCUGCUGCUUCAGUUCGUGCUAGGUCAGGUCGUGAAAGUCAGGCAUCCACUCGAAGAUCAUCUCUAUCUUCGUUUGCAUCCGAACUUGAGGCUAGGUUCCACAUAAAUGGUGAUGAGCUGCCUCAAGGUAUACGCCCUGGCACGGACCCUCGCAUGAUUCAAGCCAUCACGCAGACUAUGAUUGGAGAGUAUCUUUGGAAGUAUACUCGCAAGGCCGUAUCGGGAGAACUAUCAAGUUCACGUCAUCGUCGCUACUUCUGGGUUCAUCCUUACACCCGUACGCUAUACUGGAGUGAUCAAGAUCCAUCAAGUGGAGGCAAGCAUGAAAGUAAGGCUAAGAGUGUUGCUAUCGAAGCUGUUCGCGUGGUUACGGACGAUAAUCCCUACCCCCCUGGACUACAUCGUAAGAGUCUAGAGGUUCUCACGCCUGGACGUCGCAUUCGUUUCACCGCAGCCACGAGCCAAAGACAUGAAACAUGGUACAAUUCUCUGUCAUAUCUACUUCUCCGAACCGACGAUGAGCAACAAUCAACGCAUGAAAUCACUGCAGAGGAUGUGGAUGAAUUCAACCCUGGCAUUCGAAGCACAUCACGUCAAACGGGACCUAGGAUGUCCGUGUCAUCAUACCAGAGUGUAAAGACCAACACAUCAAAACCACGUGCUGCGUCGUCAUUGUCUGUUCGUCCAGCAGUCACUCCUGGUCGUGUGUCGCCUGCGCCGAGCUCCCAGCACAACUCUACACUUCGCCAGGAUCAAUAUCGACAGAGUACAUCGUCCCGCAUAAGCAGUGUAUUCAAUGCCACAAUUCGAGGGUCCUUUGCGAGCCGAAGAGGCAGACACACUCCUGUCCAGGCUGAUAGUAUCUAUGACAACAGCGCUGAGCAUGAUAGUGCCGAGGAUCUUCGACAGGUUAUCGAGCGCCAAGAGCGUGAAUCUGAUCGCUUGGAGAACGUCCGUGCAUGCUGUGAUGGCAAGCACGACGUCGGGUCUCUUUCAAGAACGAGCCGUUUUAGUCCUGGACUGAAACGACUAUCGAACUCAUAUAGCCCUCACUAUCACCAUCAUCACAACUAA